AUGGCUAUUCAAGGGGCUGAGCAGACCAUCCUGAGGGAUCCGGCGCUAUUCUACUGGAUUCUCUUUCCAAUCUCAAUUGUUAUGAUCCUGACCGGAAUCCUUCGCCACUAUGCGACGGUUCUGAUGAACACGACCCCGAAGUCGCCAGCCACACUCGCCGAAUCUCGUGAGCGCCUUGCUCUUCUCCGCGGCGUGAACCUCCGCAACAAUGCAUGCUCCGUGCUCGACCGCGAGUCCUUCGAGACCCGCAAGAACUACAUGGUUACGGGUUUCCGGAACGGCGCAUUUCUGAAGGACCCCAACAACCGUGGUCAGCCGCCCGCAAACCCUAUGACUGACCCUGCAGGCAUGGAGGCUAUGAUGGGUAUGCUGAAGGGAAAUAUGAUGAUGAUGAUCCCGCAAACCUUGAUCAUGAGCUGGAUCAAUGCCUUCUUCUCUGGAUUCGUGAUUUUGAAAUUGCCCUUCCCUCUCACCAUCCGCUUCAAGUCCAUGCUGCAGUCCGGAGUCAUGACCCGUGAUCUUGAUGUGCAAUGGGUUUCCAGUCUUUCCUGGUACUUCCUCAAUUUGAUGGGUCUGCAGUCCGUUUUCGGAUUCAUUCUCGGCAGUGAUAAUGCCGCCAACCAAAUGGCCCAGCAAAUGGGAAUGGCUAAUCCUGCUGCCAUGGUCAACCCGCUGCAACCUGGCCAAGACCCUGACAAGUUGUACUUGAACGAAGCAGAGAAUCUGGAAGUGAUGGAGCACUUCUGCAUUUUGGAAGGUGUCGAGGAACGAAUCUUGCAGAACUUCGCCCCUGCUGGAGUCUAA